GAAGUGGACUCUGCAGACCGAUCACUUCUCAGUUCCUUUACGCCGCUGGUCCCGCUCGACAUCCUCCGAAAAACGCGUACCGGCACUCUAAUAUGUUAUUUGAAUUUAAAUAAUUUUAUUAGUUAACUAAGAUUUUUUUUUGUUUUAUUUAUUUGCACCUGAACAAGUGAUUACUUUUUACACCAUGCGAGUCUCAGUGAUAGUAGUUAUGGCCACGGCGGUCUUUUUAGUAACGGCGGUUGAAGAAAAAAAUCGUGGAAAACGUCAACAAGUUUAUUACACACGAAGGGGAGGAAGACCGCCACCCUACGCAGUACAAAUGGAACCAAUUGUUCAGUAUUCUCAACGCGAUCCACUUUAUAAUCCAUUGGCAAACUCCAAAAGUGAUGAUGAUUUCUAUCACGAUGAAUCACUGUCGCACAGCCCUUAUGGCUCUGAACCGGAGCCAAUUAUCGAGAUAAUUAUCAAAGAAUCAAAUGAAUCAUUACCGACCCCAGUACCACCGCCGGCGUUAUCGUCAUCGAAGCCCACUAAGGAACCGAUUCAAGUGUUUUAUGUUAAGUAUGAAAAAAAAGAUCAGGGUAAUGGUAAAUCAAAAGUCGUUUAUGAAAAACCAAUACCGGCAUUGACGCCGCAUGAAGAACAUGAAGAAAUAAAUUCUGAUAACCAACUGAGUGAUAAAAAUGAACCGGCUGAGUAUGUAACCCAGUCGCCGUUAUUAAAUGAACCUUCGACGACAUUGAGAGCAAUAAUAAGGCCUGAUAGUGAAGUAUACCAUUCGGAUGGUAGUGGUAUUAAAAUAACAUUUGGAUCGGAUAAAUUACCGCCAAAUAAUCAUAAUAAACGAAGUGAUCGAGAUAAUCCGAAUGGACAUCCGCCGUUGUACUUGAGUUCGUUUUCACCAUCGCCGUCUAUUUCUUCACCGCAUAAUAAAAGACAACAUGGUCCAUUUCCGGCGAUACAACCCAAUCAUCGGUUACCACCGGCGCCUUUGCCACCACUACUUCCUCCACAAUCACCGAUAACGUUUCCGCAACAAAGAAUUAAUUCAUUUCAAUCUCAACAACAACAACAACAACUCCCACCUAAUUUUUCACCACCGCCACAAUUCCAAUCACCGUCUCCGCUAAUUAAUGUGCAACGACCACCACAGCAGCAGCAACAAAGACUGCCUAUUACUAUUCAAGGACUGCCGGAAGUUCACCAACGAUUUACAUUUCAAUCGUUUGGUUCACCAGCACAUGGUAUUAGAAUAAAUCAUCCGCAACAGCCAGGCUUUCCACCGGCUGUUUCGGUUUCACAUCAGAGUUUGCAUGUGCAAAAUCAACCGUCCCAUUCACGUUCACCAAGUAAUUUUAAUGGUGAACAACAGCAACAGCAGCAAUUGCAUCAACGUUAUCAACAACAGCAUCAGCAACAGCAAUUAAUUGUAAAACAAGAGCAUGAGAAACAAAAAUAUCAAGAACUUAAACAACGUGAACAAUAUCGUCAACAGGAGCUUCAACAUCAGCAAGAACAACAGUAUCAAGAACGUCAAAGAUUACAAAGUGAGCAGCAAAGAUUUAAACAACAGGAAAAUAAAAUUAGAGAACAGUAUAGCCAACAACAAUUGCAACAGUCUAAUUACAAUCGAAUUCAACAGCAGCAACAGCAGCAGCAACAGCAAUUACAGCAACAACAGCAACAGCGACAACAAUUACAACAACACCAGCAACAAAUACAACAACAACAACAACAACAGCAAGAACAAAAACCAGCUGAAAUUUUGAAAGCAGUACCGAAAUUAGAACAACAUUACGCAAUUAGAGAAAAUCCUCUUCAUCCGGGACCAUUUCCACCUAAUCCACAAUUACAUUCAGUGCAGUACUCUCAGACAACACAAAAUAGCUUCCCGUCACACCAACAACAAGCUACUGGAAUAACAAUACAAAAACAAACUUUAUUAACUAAUCCAAGUGGUUAUGUGCCGAAGACCAACAGCCAAACCCCAGCUCCAAAGUUCCCAAACUAUCAAAAAGACGGAUACUUUGGGCAAACACUGCCGAAUAUUCAGUCACAGCAAUCUUCGUUUCAGUAUCAAUCUAUUUGGAAUCGGUCCGUAGUCAAGGAUCCAAAGCAAAAAAUAUUCGCAACCCCAGUGCCAAAAACUGAAAAUUCAGCUGGGUCAUCGAUACCCAGAUUUAUAGCUGCGCCGACAACGACUUCUGCGCCUCCGACCACAACUACUGAGCCCACGACAACAGCCCCAACAACAAGUCCACCGAAAAACGAAGCUAAAAUAAAACAAAACAUUGCAAAUCUGCCGGAUGAAGUACCAGACGAUAUUAGAGAUCAGUUGUUAAGUUCUGGAAUCUUGGGAAAUGCGGAUAUUCAAGUUCUUGAUUACGACAAGGUCGGAGAUAUCCCGAUCGAGAAUUUGCCGCCCGAGGCACUCGCCAAUUUCUACGGUGCCGGAGGUGGUGCUGUUGCUGCCAGCGCACCGAUUCCGUCUAUUGCCAAGAGACCGAAGAUUAUUGACGAUACCAAUGGCAAUAAUAAAAAUAUAAAUAGCAACAAUAAUAACAAAAACAGCGUGGGGAUAAAACCUAACAAGGUAAUGACAACCACCACAAAAGUUGAGCAAGCUACACUUAAGCCUGGAGGUGUAGAAAUGAAAGUAGUACACUUCGACCCCAAUACGGCACAAGGCCAAGCAAUUGCUGAUCAGCACAUACGUGAUGAUGCUACUCAUCUUAAACCGGUAAACGUCGUCAAUUCUGGUGAUGAUAAUACGCAAUAUAAUCGAUACUUGCCACUAAAAGUAAGCGGUGCAUCUUUUCCGAUUCCCGAUGUACCAGAACUUAAAGACCGUAAAAUUUCAAGUGUUGUCGUUCUCGCGCCAGUUGAUUAUAACUUUCGUGACGACGAGCAACAGUCCUCGAGAUAUGGGAAAAAAGUUGGUGAACCAAUGCCAGCAAAGUUUUUAGCUGGUGAUACAUUGAAGCAGUUAAUCAGAAAACCCAGCGCUGAGAAUUACAAAAAAUGGUUGGAACAAGAAAGUCAAACGGAGCCUCAGAAACAGUCUGUCGUCUUAUUGGUAACGACGCCGAGAAAUCCAAACAAAGGAGAAAAAGAAAUAUUUAUGUAUGAUGUUAGUUCGCAAGGAGUAAGUAAAUUAUCCGGCGACUUGUCUUCAGCUUUUGUUGAUGCUGCUGAAAGCAAUUCUGAAAGUUCUGAUUCCAUUGACGAUUCAUCUUUUACAUCUUGAUUUAAAUUCACUUUAUUUAAAAUUAUGUGUAAGAGAUUUAACAAAAAUAAUACGCGAAUUUAUUUAUCUAUGACAGUUGAUAUUUGAAUGGCCAUUGAAUUGUAAUUUAAUUGUAAGUAUUAAUUACCGGAAUUCAUUUAGUUUGCCAUUCGAGUAUAAUACAUACGACGUAACACGAGAGAGCUUGUCAAUACGGACAUUUAAUUAUCAAUAAUAUUUUUUAAAAUUUGAGUAUUGAAUGGAAAGGCGAAUGAUUAACACGACGCCACAUCCCAGUCUCUAUUCCUCUCUUUACUUAUGUAGAUAUUUUUUCAUUUCUAUUAAUAAUUAUUAUUAUUACCUAUAUUAAUUAUUAAAUAUGUAUAUAUGCUUUUUAUAAUUUUUAUACAAUACUUUUUACAAAAUAAAUGCUAUUUUUUCAUAUAUA